UGACCGCCGCGGGGGCGAGCACCGCCAUAACCGAGAUCGCGUCGCGGGUGCGAGCACCACCAUUACCGAGAGCCCGUCGCGGGUGCGUGCACCGCCAUUACUGAGAGCCUGUUCCGUGAGGUCGAGUCGCGGUUACCCGGACCUGGUCUCCAGGCCAAGCCGUCCGAUCAGUGAAAUAAUUACACACAAGAGAAAUCCUUGAAAUGUUUCGACCUAAAGUUACUCUAAAAGAUCGGCAACACCUUUACCGACUCAUUAUUGGCCAGCUGCUAUAUGAUGGAUACAUGAAUAUUGCAUCAAACCUGAUCAAUGAGAUCAAGCCACCAUCAGUUUGCUCUCCCUCCGAGCAACUAUUGCAUCUCGCAAAGCUUGGGAUGGAAAAUGACGACAACACUGUACAGUAUGCUAUUGGAAGGUCAGACACCGUGGCUCCUGGUACAGGUAUUGACAUGGAAUUUGACGCUGAUGUUCAGACUAUGUCCCCGGAGGCUGCUGAGUACGAGACAUGCUACGUGACAUCACAUAAAGGGCCAUGCCGUGUCGCCACCUAUAGCCGAGAUGGACAGCUGAUUGCUACAGGCUCUGCUGAUGCAUCUAUCAAGAUUCUGGAUACAGAGAGGAUGUUAGCAAAGAGUGCCAUGCCCAUUGAGGUGAUGAUGAAUGAGACAGCUCAACAGAAUAUGGAAAACCAUCCUGUAAUUCGCACCCUGUAUGAUCAUGUAGAUGAGGUCACCUGCCUUGCUUUCCAUCCUACAGAACAGAUACUGGCAUCAGGGUCAAAGGAUUACACACUGAAACUUUUUGACUAUUCCAAACCUUCUGCCAAAAGAGCAUUCAAGUAUCUUCAGGAAGCAGAAAUGCUCCGCUCCAUCUCCUUUCAUCCUUCCGGAGACUACAUUCUAGUGGGAACACAGCACCCCACUCUGCGAUUGUAUGACGUCAAUACCUUCCAGUGUUUUGUGUCAAGCAAUCCCCGUGAUCAGCACACAGAUGCUGUCUGUGCUGUGAGCUAUAAUCCCAGUGCCAAUAUGUAUGUGACAUGCAGUAAAGAUGGCAACAUCAAGCUGUGGGAUGGAGUAUCGAAUCGCUGCAUCACAACCUAUGAAAAAGCACAUGAUGGUGCAGAGGUGUGCUCAAUUAUGUUCUCACGAAAUUCGAAGUAUGUUUUGUCAAGCGGAAAGGAUUCUAUUGUGAAACUGUGGGAAAUAUCAACUGGCCGCACAAUGGUUAAAUACACAGGAGCAGGGUUGAGUGGCAGACAGACGCAUCGCACCCAGGCUGUCUUUAACCAUACUGAAGAUUAUGUGCUUCUCCCCGAUGAAAGAACAAUAAGUCUUUGCUGCUGGGACUCACGUACAGCUGAACGCAAGAACCUCCUGUCUCUUGGACACAACAAUAUUGUUCGUUGUAUUGUGCACUCUCCUACCAAUCCUGGUUUCAUGACCUGCAGUGAUGACUACAGGGCCAGGUUUUGGUAUAGAAGAUCCAGCACUGAUUGAUUCAUACAACUUAAGUAUGAGGAGGUGGAGAAAUGAAUCCUGGUCACAGUACACUGAGAAGAAGAUGGGAAGCAUUGUAGGAAAUGAAGUUCUUUCAUCUAGCUCUAUAAACCGCCUUCUUGACAUUCUCCAAAUUUUGACCUGAGAGGGUUAACAGAAUGAAUUCUGAAGUAUUGAUUUGCUGUUGCUAAAACAGUACAUUGUUUGUAUGAAGGUUCCCAGCUUGUUGACCUCCGUACAUUUGUAAUUGUUUGAAAUCCAUUUGGUUUUGUUCACCUUUUAUUCCUUGAUUAUGACAACAUAAACAUUUUGUCGUAAGGGAAA